GACUUGAUCUAACUUGGGAGUGGCAGAGCAGCAAAGCUACUUUGCACCUCCGAGCUCACACACGCCUCCAACCAGCACGCAGCAUUAUCCACCGCCGCCGGGUGCCGAGCAUGCUCCCCUAGGGAACACUUCCUACUCACCUGUUCCCUCAGCUCAGCCAUCGUCGCAGCAGCACUUUGCUCCUCCCCCAGAGACCAAUCGUUUCUCAUACGCUCCUCAACCUCAGCCUAUCCAGACGCAAUUCGUCUCUCCUCCUUCAUCACCACCUCCACCUGCUGGUAACAUAGGUGCUCACGAAUACCAACCAAGUCCCGUAUCACCCCAGCAGCAAGCUCUUCCAUACUAUCCUGGUCCUGCGCAAAAUCCUCAGCCAAUUUCGGAGAAAGCAAAAGAGGUUGAAAGACCCCCGUUAAACACCUCAAUGACGACCAACUUGGCUGGUGGUGCUCCACCACAGACACACUUCGUCGGAGCCGGUGCCACUGUAGACGACGUGGGCACCUUCAAUGGAGGAAGCUACAGAAUCAGUCACAGGGAUACAAACACCAUCCUCACACUCCAACUUGCUAUGGGUUGCCCUCUGUCUGUCAGACCAGGAGCCAUGAUUGCAAUGUCUCCCACCAUGACCUUGCAAGGUGCCAUCAAAUUCUCCUUCAAGAAGUUGGUCGCAGGUGGCCACAUGGCUCAAGCUACCUACACCGGUCCCGGAGAACUCUUGCUCGCCCCACCUUCUCUUGGUGACAUUACCAACAUCCGUCUUACCGGAGGAGAGACCUGGAAUGUGGGCAAAGAUGCUUUCCUAGCUUCGACCCAAGGUGUCGUCAAGGACUACAAGGCACAGGGUCUCACCAAAGCCAUGUUCUCGGGUGAGGGCUUCUUCGUCUACAAGGUGUCAGGCAUAGGUAUCAUGUGGAUCAGCAGCCUGGGAGCCAUCAUCCGCAAAGACCUUCAGGUGGGCGAGAAGUACAUCAUCGACAAUGGACACCUGGUUGCGUGGAAUGCCAAGUACGUUCUGGAGCGUAUCGCUAGUGGUGGCAUAAUCUCCAACCUCAGCGCCAGCGAAGGCCUGGUCUGCAAGUUUACAGGACCCGGAACGGUCUUCAUGCAAACUCGCAACCCAGUCGAAUUCGCAACCUGGUUAUCCGCCGAAGGUAGAGUCAAAGGAUAGGGUCCCAGGAGGUGGUUUCACUAUGGAAAGUAUCCGCUGUUGGCAUGUUUAACGACGCUGAAAGCAGGCUUGGUGGGGAAAUUGUUAUUCUUCAUUUGAGUUGUUGGGACUGCCACUUUUGCCGUGUGUUUUCAACGGUCUGUGAUGAAUGCUUGAGGUGUCACCCUGGCUAAGAGGAGCAUCAUCAUCCACGACCGUCCUC